AUGAGGACGAUCCCGCUAAAGCUGCCCCAGAAGGGGGAAGGCGAGCUCUUUGGCCUCCUCGAGCACCACUGCUGCGAGCACUACGGCCGCCACCAGCUCGUCGUCGUUCGGCCCAUUCUUCAGAAGUGGGAUCGUCUCCGCAGAGAAAUCUCUCGCGCUUCCCCGCGAGCAGGAUCCUCGCGUGUCCUCGCCCUUCACAGGGCGUACUUGACUCUCUGCUGUCUCCUCGAACGGCACUUCUCCGUCUCGCCGCCGUCUUCGCCGCGCCGACUCGCCGCCUCACUCGCCUCGUCCCUCCCUUCUUUGUGGACCAGCAGUCUCGCGUGCCCGCCCGCCCGCUCUCCCGCGUCUUCGCCUUCUGCGUCUCCCGCCUCGUCCUCAUCUGCCUCUUCUGCGUCUUGCGCGGCUUCGGUCUCUUCGCUUUCUCCGGGGUUUCUCUCGCCGCAGAAGGGCGAGAAGGCCACGCCGACAAAGGGUGUCUCCAGCUCUCGCUCGGGCGGACCGACUGGGCUCCCCGUUCUGCAUGCGGACUUUUGGGCCUUCGAGAAGGCGUGUGCCUUGUUCAACUGCGCCGCGUGUGAAGCCAAUGCGGGGUUGUUUGUGAACCGCGAGAAGAUCGAGGAAUUCCAGGAGGCUCUGGAACGCUUCCUGAAAGCGGGGGCGAUCUUUCAGCUUCUCCGCGAAACGCUGCCUUCGCUCUUUUCGUGCGUGGCCGUGCCAAGAGAGGGCGAAGGCAGCUCGGCCGCCGCGUCGGCGCGCGCCAGUCUCCCGCGUGCCGCAUGUCCCGAGUUUUCUUUCCACGCACUCACGGCGUACAUCUUCAUGAUGAAGGCCCAGGCCCAGUGCGUUUCGUACGAGAGAGCCCUGCGCGAGAAACUGGGGAAGCGCCUGCUGUCGAAGCUGGCUGCUCAGGUCGCCGCCUUCUAUGCCUCCGCUCUCUCCCAUCUUCGCCGCGUCCAGGAGGAGGCAAACACCAGCGCAAAUGCAGGCCCGCUGUUCGCCCCGUCUCUCGCCUCUGCUGCUGCACGAGGAGACGCUGCAGGGGCGCGCGCACAAACAGAAGGAGGCGUCCUGGCGAUGUGGCUUCGGAGUCAGGAGCUCUCCUACCUCGCAGCCGCCCACUUCCAGCUCGCCCGGCACGAACGCGAACAGGUCGAAAUGGAAGGUGAAGGCUAUGGCCGCCUGGUUGCGCGUCUCCGAGUGAGUCGGGACUUCCUCGUGCAGGCCUCGGACCUGGUGCAGGCUCACGGCCUCAAAUGCAACUUGAACGGUCUCCUCACCCACAUCGUGGCGACGCACGACCAGAUGGAAAACGACAACGCGAUGGUGUAUCUGGAGGCCGUUCCGGAUCGCUCGCGCCUGGCGCCUCUCGAGCAGGCCUGCUGCGUCGAGCUGCCUUCGAUUACGAUUCAAGAUCUGCAAGAAGAGGACGAGCUCGCGGCGAAGCAGCUGUGUCAGCUUCUCCCGACUUCCGUUCGCGUCAAGGGAGAGGAGUAUGCCACCAGAUACCGAAACGGAAUUCGCGCGCUGAAGCAGCAGGGGACGGAUGAGCUGUCUCGCGUUUCCGGCUUUCUCCUCGCUCAUCGACUUCCGGACAAGCUGCGCGAACUUGCGCUAAACAUCGACGAGGAGAAAAAAGCGCAGAAGCAGCCCGGCGAGGACUUGACUGUCGAGGUACCUACGCGUCUCUGGACGCAAAUCAUGGCUGUCGAAGCCGCCGGUGGCAUUGCCGGGUACGAGCGACAGCAGCAACUUCUCGCGCAGGCGUCCCUAGGCACGCAGACGCAGCUUCGCGAAAUCGAAGAUCUUCUGAGGCGAGAAGAGGCGGAAGACCAGGCCUUCCGAGAGGAAGUCUUGAGUCCGAGUUCCCGCGCUCGAGGAACGAUUAGCGACUCCCAGCUCGGCACUGAAGAGAGGACAGACGAGGAGCAACUCAUGCUUCUGGUGCCGAGCUCAGAGCUCGCCUCUCAGUUUGCCGUUUCGCUCGAAAAAUAUCGAAGCAAAGCUGAGCAAGCGCAAAGUGCCAACCUUUCUCUUGAGGCAAAGCUGAAGCAAGCUGUCGCGCCCGUCCCUUUCUCGUCCCCGUCUCGUUUCUCGUCUCCGUCUCGUUUCUCGUCUCCGUCCUCUCUCGCCUCGUCGCCUGCCUCGGCUCUGCCAGCAUCUCCGGAAGCUGCGCAUCGAAGGCGGCUGUCGCCGUCCUCUCUCUGCAUGCACUCUGUCCUCAAGGCCACGUCGCCCGCACACUUCCUUGCCAGUCUCCUUCCGCGGCUCCAGGAGCACGUGCGAAGGCGCGAGCGCGAGGCGGAAAGAAUCCAAGCGGCGGAGAGGCACGAGAGAUGCCGCCAAAGAGAAGAGACACUGCGCGACGCGCACGAGGCUCUCGCUGAGCUGGAAAGGAGCGUCCACGCCCUGCAGCAGGCGACAGAGAGGGUGCACGAGGAUUUCGACCUUAACGCCAUCCAUGGUCUGCUUUUGCGGGCUCGGAACGAAGGCGAAGCCUUCGACUCUGUCCUGUUUCGCGAGGAGGAGGCGACGCUCAGGCCGGCGCAAGAAAGGAUCGCUUGUGCAUGCAGAGAUGUCCGUGCGCGCCAUGAGACUGCAGCGGCGUGCUGGGAGAGGGUGGAAGCCUGCGAGGUCUCGUGGAGCCUCUUUGUUCGCACGGAGAAGGAGAAGGCGAACCAAGCAGUCCGAGCAGAGGCCGAGCGCGUCUUUCAGAAAGUCGAGAGACAGAUCGGUCUCCUGCUCGAAAUGCAGGAGGAGCAAGAAGAAGGCGCGAGUUUCUUCUGCCAGCUUCAGCAGUUUCUUCUGGUGAUUAGGCGCCAAGUCGAGGACUGGAGCGAAACUCGGGCGGCAACAAGACAGAGACUGACGGAACGGCGACACUCUCUUCAGAGCACUAGAGCGCGGCUGGCGAGCGACGGCGCAGGAGGGCGAGGAGACAGCACGGCGACGGACACGAAAGACGCGUCGGAGUCUGGAGAGAUGGUGCCUAGCUGCGGCGACACGCGUCACGGGAGAGAUCCAGAAGCGCGCUUGUCGGCGCUCCUGCAAGGCCGGGCCGGGGGGGCCUGCGGGCCGGACGGCGCAACUCUCGCUUCCUCGUGGUCACCUCACUUCCCUCAGUGCGAUGUUCCCUACUCGCCAUCGAAGAGCUGGUGCACGCGAGGAACCGCGGAGCGACUUGGCGCAUGCAGCCCCGCGAAACAGUCCCCGCCUGUGUCGCCUGGGAGCCAGGCGCAGGAUGGGCGUCCUCCACCGGUCUCUGGGAUAGCGGAACAGAGGAGGAUCGGAGACGACGAGGAGACAGGCGAUGCACUCGAUAGGCUGUUGCACAGUACGCACGCAUUUUCGGUGUUUCUGCCGCCUGUCCCGUCACAGCCCGUCGAGGCGGUCUCUCAGCCGGCCUUUCCGGACCUUCUGAGCGCGUCGCGCAGGGGCGGGCCGGCGCAGGAAAACGCGGAAAGCAGAGCUCGUUCGCAGGCGGAAGACGGCGCAAGGCGAGAGCAUAACGGGGGGGUAGAUGGAGGCGGGAACAGCGGGAAGAUGCACCCGAUGUCGCUGAGUAAGGCAAGGCUCGGUACAGAGAUCGGAGACGAAGUCGACAUGGAAACCACUGCAGUCGGCGUGCCGUUCGAAGAUGAGGGAGAAGAAACUGAGGGUGAAGAUGAGAAAGAAAAUGCGCGAGACGAGGAGGGGGAGGCACAUGUCUUUGGAGGCGGAACAGCAGGAAAAGGUGGGAAUGUCUUUCGUUUCAGCGAGAAGGCGGGAGGAAACGGAGACAUGUGCGCCGUGAAAGACUUCCGCGCCGCGCAGGACGAUCUGGAGAGCCUCCAGUAG